AAAUGGCGGCUGCAAGUACAAUUUUCAGAUACGGACGACAUUUCUGUGAAAAACAGAUAUAUAAAGGAUUUAACUCUCUCAGAAAUCAAGGAUUUUCUUGCCAAAGAUAUAAGAGUGUGCGGUACAAAUCGUGGAAAACUGGCGAGUCUAAUGGUGUUGACUUAGAAGAGCUUGUUAUUACAACUGGAAGAACAAGGCUUAUAGUCAGACCUUUAUUAUUCACAGUCGUGGCAGGCGUAGGGACAUUUGCAGGCUGUGCGAUUCUACAAUAUGAAAGAAUGAGAGAUAAGUAUGUUACUGGGUCACAGAAUCAAAAGUCAUACAGAUUUCCUAAAUUAUUUGGAUUCAGAGAUGAGGUAMUSARUARAUGGUGGCAGGCAUUGCCUGAUGGYUCCAAGACAGCUGCAGGAAUAAUAUUUGUAAAUACAUUAGUUUUUUUGAUGUGGAGGGUUCCAACAAUUCAAAUUCACAUGUGGAGAUGGUUUGUCUCUCAUCCAAUUUUAGCUCCUCCAAUAACUCUUUUAACAAGCUGUUUUAGUCACAUGGAUUUUUGGCAUUUAGCUAUUAAUAUGUAUGUUUUGUGGAGCUUUGCACCAACAAUAGAAGCUCUCUUGGGUAAAGAACAAUUUUUAGCUUUUUACUUAUCUGGAGGUAUAUUUGCCUCAUUUGCCAGUCAAGCAUUCCGCAUUAUGACUAAACUACCAAUUCGUGCAUCACUUGGAGCUUCAGGGGCAUUGUUUGCUGUGCUUUCCUUAGUAUGCAUCACUCUUCCUGAUACUCAACUAGCUCUAGUCUUCCUUCCUUGGUUCAGUUUUUCUGCUGGAAAGGCUUUGAUAGGUGUUGUUGCUUUGGACGUCGCUGGUUUGAUAUUCAGGUGGAGUAUGUUUGAUCAYGCUGCACAUUUGGGUGGAGUUCUGUUUGGAGCGUUUUAUCUAAAGUACGGCCAUCAUUACUUGUGGGACAAGAGAGGUUGGCUGAUGCAACAAUGGCACCGUUUACGACGAAGCGUUAAGAAAUCACCGCCGUAAAGACAUACGCAAACGCCCUGUCGGCACUGUUCGUAAGGAACCAAAACGACUUAAGGAAUAAGUGAGUCUUGGAGCUACGUCUCGMAGAAACAAUUUAUUCAAUCAUCAUCGGCGUUCUGGUCCGGAUUUAUUGUAUUCUACGUAUUUACGUAGUGUCGGAUUUUAGACAUGUUACGUAAUAUCAUUGUAAACUGUCUCAGUAGAAAAAAUACUUUCACGGAAGCGAAGGAUUUACACGCUGUAUUAAUGGUUGAUUUAAAAUAGAAAACUGAUAAAUAGAAUGAGAACAUUUUUCACUCGAUGGAAAAUGAAAAUACGCGCCAUCUAAGCUAACAUGUUUCGUUCAGUUUGUCAAAAAACGCGUCAAUGACAGAUAYACAUUCUGUGCGCUUUUGUGAGUAAGUUAGGUACAACAACAGGCCUUCUUUUAGAAACUCUUACACAAAUAAAUAGAAAAUUUUAUUUUUACGAAGUCGAUAAUGAACUCACAACAAAAUUUACACGCUUUGCUGCGCGAAAAGCGACGCUUUUGACAGAUUAACAGUUACUGUUGAGCGUCAUGCCUAGUCACGCAGAGUCUUCUCGAUCUAGAAAAUAUAAAAGCUCACAUUCCGAUAAAAUGAAUUUGUUUAGAAGUUAUGUUCAUAGAUAGUGACAUUCCAAAAAUGCGAUCACGGUAUUUCUCAGCGCGACGUUAAAACUGUGAUAUUUAUAAGCGCGAUAUUGCGCCUGAAUUACUAUGUAGACCGCAACCAAUUUAUGUCGUUUUAAGAAUUCCGUUAAUUUACUUUUUGUGUACAUAAAGAAUCAGUACAAACAGUGAGAAAAUGCGAUAGCUCAAUAAGCCCCGUUUAAAAUAUUUGAACAAUUUAGCAAAAUCGUAAAUGUUUGCGUAUAUUUUGUAAACUAUUUUCUUGCUAAAAACGAAAUUUCAUUAUCAAAAGUGCUGCCGCUGUUCUGUCAAAUAUGUUAUYAAUUUUUCAGAACGGAUUAUCAUAUUAAUAUCGUGGAUAUUUGCGAAUUCUUAAGGUUUCUGCGAAGAAAAUCAGCCUCGACGCGCGUCGUUUACGACGCGGAAAAAAAAAUUGAAACUGAAAAUCCUUGAUUUAGAAUAACUUAAAUUACCACUCUGUUUAUUAUAUAAUUCUUCUAUGUAAUUUUUCUAUGUACAAUGUUAACGCUAUAGUACAUUUAUUAUGUAUAAUUUAAUAWGUGCUUCUUGUUGAUUUA